ACAUUAAUAACUAAUAGGAUAUAAUUUAGACUUUCAUUGUGUAAGAGCAUUGCAGCCCAGGUGUCUCUCUGCAUCAAUUUCUUUUCUUAAGUUUUAGAGGGUCAACGCAAAUAGUUGGUUUAACUUCAAUCCAUGUGAGCUCAUGGUAAGAUAAACACAACCCAAUCAAAUCCGCGCACACUCCUUCUCUCUUUGCCUUUGAACUUCCUGAUCGAAAUCAUGCCCAAUUCCAACUCCAACCCAAAGGCAGAUCCGAUCCUAAAUUUUAACACCCAGGAUCCGAAUACAACUGCAAACCCUCAGCUUCCGCUUCAGAACCUCUCCCAGGUUCGGACCAGAAUUGAUUCUCUGCAGCACUUCCUAUCUCAAUCCAUCAGCACCAGCACUCCUCUCACCACCGAUCAAAUUGCUAUGGUCUCCACCCACAUCAUCUCAUCCAUCCACCAAAUCAUCGUCAACGGUGCCGCCCUCGUAACUUACUCUCAACAUGCCACCGCCGCCGUCACACCAGAUGCGUUGUCGUAUCCGAAGCCGGAACCCUCCGCCACCGAUAAAAACAAGCAACUCCUCGAUUCAAACCUCGAACCUCCCGAGGAUGGUGACGGCGUCAAAGAAGACGAUUGGGAAAUCGUGGAGCUCGACGCCGUGGAACUCCUCGCGGAGCACAUCCACUUCUGCGAGAUCUGCGGGAAAGGAUUCCGGCGCGACGCGAAUCUCCGCAUGCACAUGCGAGCGCACGGAGACCAGUUCAAGACGCCGGAAGCACUGGCGAGGCCGUCAGAGACCGGCGCGGCGAAGGGCGCGAUGCAGUUCUCUUGUCCGUUCGAAGGCUGCAACCGGAACAAGCUACACCGGCGGUUUAGGCCGCUGAAGUCGGCGGUGUGCUUGAAGAACCACUUCAAGCGCAGCCACUGUCCAAAGAUGUACUCGUGCACCCGGUGCCACAAGAAGCACUUCUCGGUGCUUUCGGAUUUGAAAAGCCACGCGAAGCACUGCGGAGAGUGCAGGUGGAAGUGCACGUGCGGGACCAUGUUCUCGAGGAAGGACAAGUUGUUCGGCCACAUUGCUCUGUUUGAAGGCCACGCGCCCGCGCUCGCGUGCGACGAAGAGGGUAAAGGGAAGCAAGUGGCGGAGGAUGAUAACGAAAAUCCAAUUUUGACGACUGACAGCGGAUUUGAAUUGGUUAAUUGCUUUGGGGAUGAGGAGUUGCCGGAAGGGUUUUUUUAUGAUUUUGGAUCCAUUGAUGACUACUGUUUAGAGGAAGUGUUAGGGUUUCCGAGUAAUUGAUAUUUGGAUAUGUAUGUAUUCAUGGGACAUUCAUAUUAAAUUUUAUUGCUA